CAGUGACGCUGACGCCCUCAGUGAGCUAACGCGCUCCCGACCAAGCGGUCGAGUCACGGUAUACUAAUAAGUGCGAACAUUAAUACACAGCGAGAAUCAAACGCGAUGGAGGACUUGGUUGACGAUCGCGACGUGUUACUGCUGGCGAGAGCUAAGGAUCUAGAACACGAGUACGAGAACCUCGUGCGUUCGUUGGAUGCAGCAUACGAUGCUGUGAGACAGAUCAACGCUGCCAUGUCCGAGAACAGAUCGGAGGCGAAGCGUGUCUUUCAAGAGAGGUUGGAACUCUUGGCGUCACGACCCAGUACCAACGCCAACAAUAACAGACAGAAUUACGAUCGAAUUAACAGUGUGACGCGUAACGCUGUUACCAAAGAUUCGAUAGUGAUCAGAAGCGGAAAUGACGCCGUGUCGAGGAAACCACAAACGGUCCUGGUGACGGGUGGACAUGAAAAACUCGCGCGUUACGUCAUCGCCUUGGCAGCUAAGAAAAACAAAGGCACAACCAAGAGCACAGCGAGUGUAGUAGCUGCCCAGAAUAACAGCAGUCGCGCGGCCAGUGACGCGGUCGUUCCGAGCUUAAUAUAUUACUCGCAGCAGAAGACUGCUACUCCGCAGCGCGUCGGUAUCAAGGGAUACGUGGGUGACGAGCACUCGUACGCGGAGGUCGACACGAAGACCGGACUGCUUGGUCACAGCGUCACGCAGGAAGAGGAGAACAAGAGCGCGAAACGCAAUGAGACUGCUGAGAUUGAAGUAGAUUUGUCCAUUGUCAAGUCGGAGUUGGAUGAUGAAUCGAACGAUUGCGAAGCUAGACUCGACUCCACCGUAGACGACCCAUCCUCGUCGAGGGAUCACAGCGCGAGCGACUCCGCAACAUCGACUCCAUCAGCAAUCACUUUGACAACGAUGCCGAAAUUGAAAGUAAUUCAGCAGGAGGCCUACGAGUACAAAAUUCGAGGUCGGCGGAAAAAGAAGGUGGAAGAUCCGAUGGACGAGGAGGCACUGACGAGGAAGAGGGUCAUGACCAGGAACAGGAUGCGUCGAUGGCGCGCGAAGAAGAGGCUCGAACAAAUGACCGAUAUAAUUACCAAGAACAACUACUCAUAGGGUUGUUAAUGACGAAGUUUGCCAUAAGAAAACGCACGACUUAAGCACUUUUCGAAAUGCUAAAAAGGGCUCUUUUCCAACUGCUUGGAACAAAUUUUACAAGCCACUGCAUGAUACAUUACCAACGCAUUGCUUCAACAAUGAGUUGCAGAGUUCAUACACUGCUGUCUCGCCGGUGCCAUUAUUCAGGCGCACGAAAGUAUACGUGCGUCUUUUCUCACUCUCAGUUCUCACCAUGCAGGAUGUACACGCAAAAAAUGGUAUCUACAAACUACGAAAGAUGGCGUUAGUUGUUUAUAAUACCACUGUUAUUAUCUAGCAUGUAAUAAUAGCGUGGCGUAGCUGUAGGAAGACCGUAAUUGCAACUUUACUUUCCUUGUAGUAAUAAUUAAUACAAUUGUAAUUUCGAAAAAUCAA